CUUUAUCCAUUCCACUUUGUCUCUACACCUCUGAUCCGAUUUGUAUAACUGCAUAAUGUCAGAACCUACCAUAGUCCCAUCUUCCAACGCAUUACCAGUGACGACCAACGGUACUUCCACCCCUAUGCCCACUCGCGCCGCCGGGCCAACGGCCGGUGCAGGUACAUUUGGAGUGAAAACUGGUUUAGCUCAGAUGCUCAAGGGAGGUGUUAUUAUGGACGUCAUGAAUGUCGAGCAGGCCAAAAUUGCCGAAGAAGCGGGAGCUAGUGCUGUCAUGGCACUUGAGAGGAUUCCUGCGAACAUUAGGAGAGAUGGUGGGGUUGCUAGGAUGUCCGACCCCGGAAUGAUCAAACAGAUCAUGGACGCCGUCUCCAUACCCGUCAUGGCGAAAGUCAGGAUCGGGCAUACUGUCGAAGCUCAGAUUUUACAGUCGGUCGGUGUGGACUACAUCGAUGAAAGCGAAGUCCUCACCCCGGCCGACGACCAGCACCACAUUGGCAAACACGCCUUCAAGGUGCCAUUCGUGUGCGGUUGCAAGAACCUUGGAGAAGCUCUCCGGCGUAUUUCCGAGGGUGCAGCCAUGAUCCGGACCAAAGGUGAAGCUGGCACUGGUGAUGUCGUAGAGGCUGUUCGUCACCAGCGAGCUGUCAUGUCCGAUAUUCGCCGAGCUUCCGCCAUGUCCGACGAUGAGCUAUACGCAUUCGCAAAAGACAUUCAGGCACCUUAUCACCUUCUCAAGGAGACUGCACGGCUCAAGCGUUUGCCAGUUGUGUCAUUCGCCGCUGGCGGUAUUGCUACACCAGCGGACGCAGCCCUCAUGAUGCAACUUGGGUGUGAUGGUGUCUUCGUCGGAUCUGGAAUUUUCCUAUCUGGUGACCCGGCCAAGCGGGCGCGAGCCAUCGUCCAGGCCGUGACGCACUACAACAACCCAGCCGUACUCGCCGAGGUGUCGACUGAUCUGGGAGAUGCAAUGGUAGGCAUCAGCGUACAAGCUGAGGGGGAGAGAAUGCAAGGUGGAAAGAUGGCAGGGAGGGGUAAUUGAAUAGAUAGGGGGUUUGUUGUUCUUCUGGAUGUGGUUGUGCAUGCUGUUGUCUGCAACUCUGCAGCUCUG